AGGAGACGAAGUUGGCCCAAAACGACCGAUAACUGCGCCCAAAUUGGUUACUCUGCGUCGCGGCUGACACAGCCCUUCAUACCCGUAUUGUCCAAGCCAGGUCGCUACGGUCGCGCCGGUCGGGCAAGUGCUAGCCGAUUGCUGCUCAAGUGCUGCUCGUCCUGGCCAAUCCUCAAGCGCUGUCAGCCUCUAACGACUAGCGAUGGAGGCCACGGGCAGCAGCCGCAGAAGGUCUCGCGCGGCGCCGAAGCCCGCGCCGCCGCCCGACGAUCCGCCGAAAUGGCUGAAGAGGAACGGUACCGACUUUCCCGGGCUUGUUGUGGCCCACGUCAUCCGAUUACUAGAAGAGAUGGAGGGCAAGACACAACAAACACCACGGAGAACUAGAGCCAAGUCGUAUCUAGAGAUACUAAAAAACGAGGAUCCCGCCGCGCGGAGCUGCGACAACUUAUCAAAAACACAAAUAGUUAAAAAGCUGGAGGACUGCGUCGAGGCCUUUUGGGAGACCUACGACGACGCCAUGGACAAAUUUCAAGCGCAAGAUCAAGUCGCGCCGCCGAAACCCAAGGACCCGCCGCAAGGGCUGCUGCGGCAGGGCAACACCUUCGCCAGUCUUGGGCAAAGAGCCUUCCAGACUUUAUUAGCAAACGAGGCCAACAAACAGAAAACGGCCGCGUCGUAUUCACAGACGCUCAAGAGCUCGGACCCCGACGCGCGCAGCAGCGACGGUCUAUCAAAAACAGAAAUAGAAAAAAAGCUGACGAACUGCGUCAAAGCCUACUGGAAGACCUACGACGACGCCAUGGACAAAUUUCAAGCGCAAGAUCAAGUCGCGGCGCCGAAGCCCGCGGCGCCGAAGCCCGCGGCGCCGAAGCCGGCGGAGCCGCCCGACUGGCUGGAGCGCGAGGGCACCGACUUUCCCGGGCUUGAGAAGCAGCAGGUCAUCCGUUUACUAGAAGAGAUUGAGGGCACGACACAACAAAAGCCACGGAGAAACAGAGCCGAGUCGUAUCUAGAGAUACUCAAAAACGAGGAUCCCGCCGCGCGGAGCUGCGAUGGCUUCUCAAAAACGCAAAUAGUUAAAAAGCUGAACGACUGCGUCGAGGCCUUCUGGGAGACCUACGACGACGCCAUGGACAAAUUUCAGGCGCCAGAUGUCGAAGAGCGGCGGUUGAUCGGUACGCCUUCGAACACGCGCGACGACGAGGAAGCGGCGACCGAUCUGCUCGCGCGGCUGCAGCAGCGCCUGGCCGACUCCGAAUGUGCCAUAGACGGGGACGACCGUUUUGCUAGGGUACGCGAGAAAUCGGCCCAGCAACUUCUGUCAGUUGCUAGGGUACGCGAGAAAUCGGCCCAGCAACUUCUGUCAGAGUUAUGUUCAUCAUCAGAUCGCGUCGACCGCCUACUAGAGGGUGGUAGACUUGCGUCGACCGGAAGAGAAGAUAAAGAAAGGGGAGAGGUCUUGGCGCUUGUCGCUCCUUUUGGAAAUAGCCUGUACUCAAGGUGGAACCUGGAUUUCAAGGAGCACCACGGGGUCGAUCCUACAGCAGAUGAUGUCAAGGCGUGGCUCGAAGGCAAGGUCGAGGCGCUGGACUACGUCGACGCGGCGACGCGCGGGACGUGGAGCAAGGCCAUCGACGAGGUGAAGGUGGCGACGACGAAACUAGCGACGCCGACCCCUGAGAACCCUAUGGUGGGCCGGGGAGGUGACUGCGACGGCUGCCAGAAUAUCCUCGCUGCGUUGGGGCGCGGCCGAACGUGCAUCCCCGAGCACGCUUCUAGAGCUAGGUUCGCGUGCACGUGCACGAAUCGCCCUAUUCCUGAGAGUGUGGCGCUCGAGCCUGAACAAGUGUUGCUGCGCGCGUCCGACGCGGCGACCGAUAAGCUAAAGGAACUCGCCGUGGAACAUCUGCAAGCGCUGAAGCACGACAGUAAAUUGGAGGAGUAUCUGCGAGCGCGGGCGGUAUUUGUAGUCGCGCAAGAGAGGAUGAGGAGUUCUUGGAAAGGCCGUCGUGGACAUGAACUACACCCAAAUCAAAAUGCCGAGAAUGCGGCUCGUGGACACGCUGCAGUUAGGAGGGCCGCGCUCGGUCGCGAGAGGUAUUCCCUGGCCGAGCGGAACCUCGACCCCUUCAGCCGCCGCUGUCGCGUCGUGACGCGGAAGCUGAAGAGCACGGUCCGGAUCCGGGACUACACGCGGUUCGUCGACGAGACGGACUACACUCGGCUCAAAGAUAAGACCGACUGACAACGCUCUGCGGGGCGGGCCAGCCGCUCUCUAGUAGGCUUGUUAUAAGUUCUUGUUACUGU